AUGCGUCAUGACAAUACCGGUAAUUACUUAAUUGCUUGGAAUUUGUUAUGCGACCGGUUUGAUAACAAAAGGCUAUUGAUACAGAAUCAUGUUGCUGCAAUAUUUAACAUCGAGACAAUUACAAAGGAGUCGAAUUAUAUUUUAAAGCGUACAAUUGAUACGAUAAAUAAAAAUGUUAGGGCUUUAGAAUCGUUAGGAGAACCUGUAAGUUACUGGGAUACGUUAUUAAUAUACAUAAUUAGUCAUAAAUUAGAUUCAAAAACGUAUCGUGAGUGGGAGGAAUAUAAAGAUCUGAAGUAUAAGCCAACAACUAAUGUAUGUUCUAACACUGAGGACCGCUCCGCACUCUCCCCUGCAAACCCGACACAAAGCAGUGACGAGCCCUCUGGUAAUGUCACGUUGUCUGCUCAACUUUCAACCUACUUGCCCAACAGAACGCAGGUACUCUUAGCCACUUCCCUUAUAAAAAUUAUCGACGACCGCGGCGGCGAGCGUCUCGCCCGCGCUGUUCUCGACAGCGGCAGCACUUCAUGCCUUAUUAGUGAACGAUUGAAACAAUCGUUAAAUUUACCUACAAUUAAGGUAAACGAGUCACUUUUGGGUAUUAAUAAUUCAAAAUCGCAUAUAGGCGAAAUGUGUUGUUUACCCAUUAAGUCGUUAAAUGAAAACUUUUCGACAAAGAUUUUCUGUUUUGUUUUGCCGAAUAUAACUGACGAUGUGCCCAGUCAGCAAAUAGUUUUAAAAGACUUAAAUUUACCUAGCAACCUCUGUUUAGCGGAUCCCAACUUCCACACUCCAUCUUCGGUGGAUUUAAUUAUUGGUGCGGAUGUUUUCUGGGAUUUAUUAGGGCUACGUAAAAUUAGUUUAGGAGCCGGGAAACCCGUGCUAUUUGAAUCUAGUCUAGGGUGGCUAGUUUCAGGCCCUUUGUGUAAUAGUGGCCAAGCGCGCUCGACUUCUGACUUUAAGUCUUAUUUCGUGUCGGUAAAAUCAAAUAAUAAAGUUUCUUCGUGCAAUGAUUCCAGUGAUGACAUUCAAACCCUGUUAACGCGGUUUUGGCGCCUCGAGGAGGUCAGCCCUCAGUCUUCAUCUUUCUCCGAAGAAGAGAAAAUGUGCGAAGAACAUUUUAUCAAAAAUACAUCUCGUCAGGCAGACGGUCGGUUCUGUGUCAGGUUGCCACUGACGCAGUCACCUGAUGUAUUAGGCGGCUCGCUGCAGCGCGCCAAGCAUUGUUUACUUUCUCUAGAGAGAAAAUUCAAAGGGCAAUCUGAAUUUAAAAAUAAUUAUAUUAAUUUUAUGUCUGAGUACCUAUCAUUAGGUCAUAUGUCCGAAUGUUCAUUUGAUUCACAGAAACAAGCUUACUAUAUCCCACAUCACGGAGUAAUUCGUCAGAGUAGCUCAACGACCAAACUCAGAGUUGUUUUCAACGCGAGCAGUCCCACUACUUCAGAUGUCGAGAAGAUGUAUAGACAGAUCGUUGUACAUCCUGAUGAUCGACAUCUUCAAAGAAUUGUCUGGAGAGAAGAUCCAUCUGAGCCUCUGCGGACGUACGAGUUGAACACGGUCACGUAUGGUACCGCCAGCGCCCCCUACCUCGCCACUAGGUGUUUAAAACAAAUCGGUUUAGAGUGCAAUGACGCCAACAUUUCCGAAGUCAUCAUGCACGAUUUCUAUGUUGACGAUUUAUUAACCGGUGGCGAUUCUAUUCAGGAAGUGCUGGACAUACGUGACAAAGUGUCAAAGGAGCUCGCGUCCGCAGCAAAAAGUCGUGUGGCGCCUAUCAAGCCCACCACGAUCCCGAGACUUGAGCUGUGCGCUGCGCUCGUCGGAGUGCGCCUAUACGAAAAGGUGUUACGUUCUCUACGAGUGCAACCGAGAUACUAG